AUGGCCGAUGACAAUGUGAAGAUGGAGGUUGAGGAAGGUGAAACUAGUGCAGUGUCUGCCAAAGACAAGAAAAGAUUCGAGGUGAAGAAGUGGAGCGCGGUUGCGCUUUGGGCGUGGGAUAUCCAGGUUGAUAACUGCGCGAUCUGUCGCAAUCAUAUUAUGGAUUUGUGUAUCGAAUGCCAAGCUAAUCAGGGAAACCAAAGUACGGGUCAGAAAGAGGAAUGUACUGUUGCAUGGGGAAACUGUAACCACGCAUUCCAUUUCCACUGCAUUUCUCGUUGGCUGAAAACUCGACAGGUUUGCCCUCUCGAUAAUAGAGAGUGGGAGUUCCAGAAGUACGGCCACUAA